CUUUGGACGGGAAGCUCUUUGGGCCUCCAGCGACCUGCACAGCAUGUGCAAACGCCUUUGAACUCGACAUUCUACUACGUAACAGCGUUCGGGGAGGGACGUCAACGGGGAACCUAUACCGUCCAACCUUGGAAGACCUCAGUAUUGGAAACUUCAGAAAAACACGUCCCUUGCACUUGACGACGGUCGCUGGAAAACAAUGGACUUGUAUUGGCCAGAACGGCGAGUGGGAAAUGAGGACAAUGUGUGGUUAGGCAUCAACAAGCAAACGGGAGAACCGGUGGCUAUGAAACUCUUCGAGAGGGAGCAGUUCGCUGAUGGACCCGUACGGGACGAAAAGGUGGUGGCUGAGGUGGAGAUUAUCAAAGACCUGUCACGGCAAUAUCCGGCGCGAAUCAUCCAAUACCUCGAUUUCUAUUCCAACGAUGAGAACCAACUGGUCCUUAUUAUGGAGAGAGCCGAAUGCACCGUACAGGAUCUUCUGGAUGAGUAUCACCAUUUACCGGAGUUUGCGGCACGGGAAGUUGUCUUUGGGAUGCUCGAGAGCGUAGCUUGUGUUCAUACUGCAUCACUUGUCCAUCGUGACAUCAAACCGUCGAACCUGAUGCUCAUGACGCGUACGGACUUGACGUCCCUGAAAUUGGGAGAUUUCGGCGUAACUGUCGGAAAUGUCGGUUACAACAACCUGAACCAAAUAGCUGGAACACAAGGCUUCCAGGCCCCAGAGAUGCUUUCCCGCACAUUCUACGGAAGACCGGUCGAUCUGUGGUCCUGUGGUGUCACAGCCUAUCUGCUCCUGUACGGGCGACUUCCGUUCAUUGCCACGGCUGGCGGUGGGAUGUUACGGACGAAGAAGAUAGGAACAAAGCAGCAGUUGGAUGCCAUCAAGAAAGGCUACACGUUCCCGGAUGACAUCCAAGUCUCGGAGGACGCAAAGAACCUUAUUGCAAGCCUUUUGCAGGUGGAUCCGGAACGGAGGCCUGCGAUCACGGAUGCUAUCAAUCACCGAUGGUUCGCGGAAGCAGCGAUGUCGGAGCCUAUUCCGAGGCCCCUUGCACAGCAGCCAUCCCAAACCCGUGCGGCACCGCCACCGCCACCGCCAAGAAAGCAUGACCCUUCAGGCACGCCCGAGAUGCGCAGGUCACUCGAUUCCGGUGUCUCGAAUAACAGCUCACUCCAUCACUUGCCAAGAGGCGGGCUCGCCAACACAUCGGCGAUAAGCUUGGAAAGUAGCAAAAGCAGCGACAAGCGAGUGCGUUUCGGGGAGGUCUCGCAAAUAUUUCGGCCUGAUACGGACGCCGAACCCGAGAGCCCAAACGUGGAUAACUUUGACAUGUCCGGGCCUUCACAACUUGGACAAUUGGACUUCCUUUCCGCAGACGAAGAUGCAAGCGCGUACUACCUAGACUCUGCAUCUCCACGACCCUCGGACGUGAGCAGCAAUGCACCGUUACAACCGCCUCGACCUGCCGCUUCCACCGCGCCUAUACCACCCUUUCGCGCCGAACAGACCGAGCCGCGGCAAAUCAAGCGCAAGACAUCCGAUGCGAUUUUGAAAAUGUAUGGGGAAACGGCUGCUGCGUUCUCGUCGCAAAAAUCUUCACAUGUAGAUAAAGGAGGAAAAGGGUUCAUGGGUCGGUUGAACACUGUGGCGAAAAACAAGCUGAAGAAGUUGGCGGGACAGGCGAGGGAUUCGGAGGGGUCGUAUGAGAGGGUUCAGCAAUCCCCGCAACCAUCUUCAGUACAGCACUACCAACAACAGCAGCAACAACACCAUCAACAACAACAAAUACCCACAAAACAACCCUCAAUCUCCCACCACCAACGCAGCUCCUCCCUAGCCGACGCCACCCCCCAGCCCACCCCGGCACCCCGCCCACUCUCCCAUCAACCCCCCCGCCACGCCCACAUUCCCCCGGCAGUAGAACCAAAACAUCUCCCCACCACCACCCCCCCAACUCCACCCCCUCGCAAACGCCCCCAACCCGCCACUCCCGACACUACCACCCAAAAUACAAACUCAUUCGAACCUUCCCCACCCUGGUCAAAACCCUCCACGCCUUCCAAACCACAGCCGGCGGCAACACCGUUACCGAUGUUGGAUCUUGGGGACCCGUUUAGGGAUGCGAAGGUUGUGAAGGAUUGUGCAGAUGCUGUUGCGGGGAGUGGUGGGGGAGAUGGAGGUGUGGAGGAACAGAAGGGAGGGGUGAGGUCGCUGGCGGCGAGGUUUGAGAAGGUUGCUGUUUAG